UAAAGGCAGCCUGACAGGCGGGCGGAGCGAAAUUCAGUCCGCAAUGUUGGUCUGGUGGCUGUGGGAGCAGCUGGAUGCCUGGAGCGCCCUCAUCUUCAUCGUGGUGCUGUUGCUUGUGUCCGAUUACCUGAAGAACAGGGAUGGCAAAAACUUCCCGCCGAGUCCUAUUUGGGUGCCGUUUGUGGGCGACUUGUUCAGUAUGACUUCUGAUCAGCCGCACCAGUACAUGGCAAAGCUUAAAGAAAAAUAUGGAGAUAUCUACAGUCUGAGACUUGGAGGAAGUAAAACCGUAAUUGUCAACGGGUACAAGUUGGCCAGGGAAGCUCUGCUGACGCAAGGAUAUGCCUUGACAGGCCGGCCACAACCUGCUAUUUAUGAAAGGAUCUACAAAAAACCUGGCAUAGGAUUAAGUAACGGGUACACCUGGAAAGAGCACAAGAGGUUCGUUUUGACCACACUGAGAAACUUUGGAGUUGGAAAGAAGAGCUUAGAGUCCAUCAUCAUGGAGGAGGUCAAGUUCUUUGUAGAAGCCUUUGAGGAGGAGAGAGGCCAGCCAUUUAAUCCUCAUUAUAUGAUUAAUAACGCCGUCUCCAACAUCAUCUGCUUGAUCGUCCUUGGUCAUCGAUUUGAGUACAGCGACAGCCACUACCAAGAGAUCCAACAUCUGAUGAACAAAGGGGCUUAUCUGGAAGGAAGUUGGUGGACUUGGGCUUACAAUGCAUUUCCUGGGCUCAUGAGGUACUUACCAGGGGGUCACAACGAGCUUUUCUCAAGCUAUGGAAAAGUUAUGGAUUUUCUGAGAGAAGAAAUCAGAAACCAUAAGAAGGACUUGGACCCGACGUCCCCUCGUGAUUUCAUUGACGCCUACCUCAAGGAAAUGGAAAAGCGCAAAAAUGAUCCUGCAGCCGAAUUCAAUGACGACACUCUGUGCUCAAACACCUUUGACCUGUUUGUGGCUGGAGGAGAAACGACGGCCACAACCCUCCGUUGGGCUCUGCUCUUCAUGGCACAAAACCCACACAUACAGGAGAAGGUCCAAGCCGAGAUCGACAGUGUAUUGGGCCAAACUCGCCUGCCAUCGAUGGAGGACAAAAUCAACCUGCCGUACACCGAGGCAGUUGUCCACGAGGUCCAGAGGAAAGCCGACAUUGUUCCCGUCAACCUUUUGAAGAUGACUACGGAGGACAUGACCAUUGGAGGCUACUUAAUUCCAAAGGAUACGGCCAUUCUCAUUAAUCUGAGCUCAGUUCUCAAUGACAAGGAUGAGUGGGAGACCCCCGACACGUUUAAUCCUGGACACUUUCUCACCCCGGAUGGGAAGUUCCGGCGAAGGGAAGCCUUUAUGCCUUUCUCUGCUGGAAAGCGGCCCUGUUUGGGAGAACCACUGGCAAGAAUUGAGCUCUUCCUGUUCUUCACGUGCCUUUUGAAAAAGUUCACCUUCCGUGCCCCUGAAGGGACAAGCCUGACAUUGGAUGCCAUCACUGGCUUCACGCGAGCCCCUUUGCCACACAAAAUCUGUGCCAUCCCUCGUGGUCAGACUGCUUGAUGUUGGUUUUCUCUUGUUGCUUUUCUGCACCUUAUGAAACUUUUCACUUAAGUCUGCUUCUCCUCAUUUUUAAAUAUUCUUAUAUAUGCAAUUUGGAUCAAAGUUCAUUCAUAUUCAUUUUAUAUUAACCCCUUAUGUACUAAGGAGUUUCUGGCUUAAUUGCUCCUAAAUUACUGACCCAAAAAUAAACAGCUUUUACUCUUUUAUUGUAAUAAAGGAGCUGCAAAUGGCUGAAGAGCAGUAUAUGAUUACAAACAUUUGUUUUCACCAAUAUAAACUUAAUAAAACACAAAUAAAUUUGGUGCUUUAGGGUUUUCUCUCCAAAAAACUGGAUUUUACUGGAAAUCACCAAUACAUUUUAUAACGCACAACC